AUGGUGUCAUGUAAGCUCGUAAAACAAUCUCGCCUGUCACAUUGUCUACAAUUCUCGGAAAAACUUCCGUCACGUGUUUAUGCGUCAGCCGCCAAACAGGCUUCCACCUCUCUCUUCACACCUUGGACAUGUACAGCAGAGCCGCACGAGCAGAUCAACACUGAGACGCUCUCGGCUGUCCUGAUCGGUACAGAUCGGACCCGGUACAGUCGGUCAGGCCAGGGCCCGGCUGGCACCGACUGUGUCGUCAAGCAACUGCGGAGUUCCUUGUCGCCUCAGGCAGCCGGUAAACAUGUUGCCAAGCCUUCACAUGCGUCCCACGAAUGCAUGUGCUGCCGAGCGGUGCCGGCUUUCUGCUGUCCCAGAUGGCCCAGCUCGACAUGA